AUGUCACUCAAACGAUCCUACGAAGAUGCCGUUCAGGAUGGUCCGUCGUCUUCUAGCAGAGGAUUCGAUGUGACGCAUGGCGUUUCAACAUCAUCAUUGACUCAGUUCGCGUCAACCAACAGCACAGCUCAGGGCAAGCAGCGCCGCCUCAGCUUCGUCGACGAGAAUGGAGAGUGUGCCUCAGCACCAACCUCUUCGCGGCCGCACUCGCUUCCCAGCUCUUCGCGCGCUCGUUUCGUGCCUGGUCUACAGACCUUUGUCGGCGGGUUGCAAAUGUCGCAGGACUCUUCCUUGCCGCGCGUCGACACUGCGCCGGCUCGCCCGUCCGCAGCCACAACUACUCGACGUUCGCUGGAUAAAUCGGAUACCAUGCAGCCGCUCAUGAUGAGCCGCAACGCGGAUGGGGAGCGCCGCGCCAGUCAAUCCACGGCUCGGCGUCGGUCGGAGGAGGCGCUGGAAGCCAUCGUUCGUCGCACAUCGCUCGUACCACCAGAACCUCAGCUGGUGCCCGGCGUCUCGCCCGGUUGGCAUGUCGAAGCUCACGGUCGUCAGGCCAUGGAGCUGCAAGACGGCAUCCGUUUCCAGGACGAGGAUGGAUGGACACCGCUCGAGGCCUUCCCAGCCUCGACACGUCUAGGAAAGCUCGCCGUGAGACGAGCUAAGAAGCGCAGGCAGCAACAACACCGAGGAGACAUCAGUCAUGAACCCCAAACAUCAGCAAAAUCACAAGGCUACCUCGAUAUUCUGCCACGAUCUCCCUCGUCUCCUAAUUCAAUACCCACCAUUUCGGUCGAAUCUGCCCCGGCGCAGGAACUUGUCGCAGCGGAGAAGCCAGCGCUCGUUCCUGCCUCUGCGUUGGUCGAUGUGGAAAUGACCGAAGUCAAUCUGGAUGCGCGGUCGAGUCCCUCGCUCGGACCCUCCACUCUGGAAGUCGAGCACGCAUCGGCGUCACCGAUGAGCUCUUCCAUGCCUUCCUCCUUGGCAUCGUCUACGUACCUACCUACGCCAUCGUCGACCGACGGACUGGCUGCAUUCGACCUUCUCCCUCAGGCUUGCGAGCCGGCCAAAUCCGCCACCCGAUCGUCUUGCAAAGCCCCUUACUCGCUGUCGGACUUUGAGGUCAUCGAGACGCUGGGCACGGGUACGUUCGGUCGCGUGUUGCUGGUUCGUCUCAAAGACGGCGACGCUGCGGAUCGUUCGGCCUACUUUGCGCUCAAGGUGCUGGCCAAGGCGGACAUUGUCAAGCUCAAGCAGGUCUCGCAUGUCCAAAGCGAGCGUAGCAUCCUUGCCAAGGUCGAUCAUCCGUUCCUAGUCAACAUAAUUGCCUCGUUCCAGGACAGCAAAAACUGCUACAUGCUCAUGGAGUACGUCGUGGGUGGCGAGAUCUUCUCCUACCUUCGCCGUGCAGGAGGUGCAAGACCGCACCUGGACUCUUUGCGGUACGCCUGA